CCCAACCUGGACCUCUAUUCACCACCAGCCAUGAGGAGCCUCACUCUCCUUGCUGCCCUUCUCCUCUUGGUUUUCCAGGUCCGGGCUCAGACCCUGCAAGAGACAGCUGACCAGGUUCCUGCCCAGGACCAGCCUGGGGAGGAGGACCAGGACCUGCUUGGAGAUGAGGACCAGGAUGUGGCCGUCUCCUUCACAGGAGAGGAACGCUUCUCUCGACAACUUACAGGACUUGGUACACGUCAGAAAACAGAAAUGAUCAAUCCAAACAUCUUCACAAAGAUUAUAGCAAGUAUUGGAACAACUAUCCUACUGAGGAAAUGCCACUGCCGACAACAAGACCAGUGCCCACACACCAAGGUCAACAAAGUGCUGCGGCAUGUCUCCUGGGCUUGUAGACCCUUUGGCCGUGGGUACGAGCUUUGCUGUAAAUGAGCUUUGUGGACUGAGAUCCCAAAGCACCGCGGGGUUCCAAUGAAGACCUAGACAAGCAAUAAUCUUUGUACCUGUACCUCUUCUUCUUUUAGCUCCAAAAUAAACCCAAGCAUUAAACUCA